AUGCACGUACUUAGUUUAGUUCCUGUGAAUCUCGCUUUACAGUUGUUCAAAGGAGCAAAGUAUGACCAAUCUACGAAUCUAGCCGAGACGCAUCUUCCUGUGGUGGUUUGGCAUGGAAUGGGCGACUCGUACAACUCUGAAUCGAUGCACUGGGUGAACGAAACGCUCAAUAGUUAUAUUCCAGGACUUGAUGUCUACUCCAUAGCUUUGAAGGAGGACGGCAGAGGAGAUCAAGAAGCAUCAAUAGUGGGAGAUGCCAUGACACAGAUUCUUCAAGUAUGUGAGCAACUUCAUCAAGAAAGUGCGUUGAAUGAAGGAUUCAAUGCGAUAGGGUUCUCGCAGGGAGGCCUAUUUCUUCGAUCGGCCAUGGAGUUAUGCGGAUUACCCAUUAAUAAUCUCAUUACAUAUGGAUCUCCUCAUAAUGGAGUGGUGGACCUUCCAGAAUGUGAUAGCUGGCUCUGCAAGCAGCGUAAUGCUUUCCUUAAGAAACAUAUCUAUGAUGAUAAGAUACAGGACUCGAUUAUCCAGGCGCAAUAUUUCAGAGAUGUAUACAAUUAUGACGAAUAUAUGGAGAAAUCGGCCUUUCUUAAAUACGUGAACAACGAGUUAGUGGUGAACAGAACGUAUUCCGAGAAUUUGCAGAGAUUGAACAAACUAGUGUUGGUGAAAUUUGAUAGGGAUAAAACACUAGUGCCCAAGGAAAGUGCGUGGUUUUAUGAUAUAGACACAGUUACAGGCGAUUCAAUUCCGUUCACACAGACAGAAAACUUCGAAUACGACUUGAUAGGGAUCAGAAAGUUAUAUGGGGAGGGAAGGAUCGACUUCAAAGAGGUGGACGGACAACACAUGGAGAUAAACGAAAAGGAUCUCAAGGAAAUUAUCGGGUAUUUAUAG